UGGACGAUCUUUGGGAGAGUGCCUGCGUGCGUGGUUCCGGAAGACGUGGCGCAAGCCGCUAGCUGCUUUUACCUCCGCCGCUGCUAUCAUCAAUUUACCGCUGAGCAGAAAUCAACCGGGCUGGAGUCGAGAGGAGUUUGUGUGAAUUGGUGAAUUCCUGCGCCGCUGCCAAAAUGAUUUCUCUCACGGACUCGCAAAAAAUCGGCAUGGGGCUGACUGGUUUCGGGGUGUUCUUCCUCUUCUUUGGGAUGAUGCUGUUUUUUGAUAAAGCUCUUCUUGCCAUUGGAAAUAUUCUGUUUGUAGCCGGUCUGUCCUUCGUCAUCGGCCUGGAGCGAACGUUCAGAUUCUUCUUCCAGAGACAUAAAAUAAAAGCCACAAGCUUCUUCCUGGGAGGCGUCUUUGUGGUUCUGGUUGGCUGGCCAAUCAUUGGAGUUGUCCUGGAGAUAUAUGGUUUCUUCCUCUUAUUCAGGGGAUUUUUCCCCGUGGCAGUAGGUUUCAUCAGACGGGUACCAGUGCUGGGGUCCUUGCUCAACUUACCAGGCAUCAGUAAUUUGGUGGACAAAGUCGGUGAGAGCAACAAUAUGGUAUAACAAGAGGCUGUCCCUGUGAAGAGGAGAAAUCUCAUUAUUUAUGAUAGCUUCUAAUAGUGACUUUAUUCCCUCCUGGUCAUCGUCACCUCAUAGCAAAAAGUCAGAACUGUGAAUCCAAACAAUUUUUGACACAAAGGAAAGACAUGCUCCUUUGGAUAUUUGCCUGCCAUCAUCAGAUUUCCUUUGUCAAAAGGAAAUUGCUUUAUAUCUGCUUGCCGUUGGACAAAGUCACCAAGGGACUUUAAUUUUUAAGGCUGGAAGCAGGCCUCCCUUUUUUGUAUCACUGGCACUCUGUCGACUAACACUGGAUGUGUUGGGACCAACCACUGGAUCAUUUGGACGCCUCAGCAGGGGAGUCGGCAUCAUUUAUGUGCCUAAACAGUCACUGAGAGUAUUUUUGGGUGUCUCAAUGAAGUGUCACUGGACUUUUGUACAGAUGUUAAGCAGCCACAGCUACAGUGCUACAGCCGACCAGGACAGACCAAACUGGACCCGUUGUAGAGAAACACAACAGGCUCCAGACGCAUCUGCAGCUCUGAUGACGCUGCUCCCACUGCAGCUCUGCUUUAUGAGUCAUUUUUUUAUAUUUAAAUAUAUUAAGAGGCUUGUCAGACGGAUGGUUUGCUCUGUGUAACUUUUGUAUAUGCAUACUUGAAAUAAAAUGGGAGUUUUUUUUUAAACUUCA